AUGUCCGAAUGUUUCUCCUAUUGUCAUAAAAAGCGCACGAUUCAGCAGCUUCCCACCCCGGCUCGGAAAGGACAUAACGCCAUACUGAACUCCAACUAUUUGGACGAUAUUACCGAUGAAAUUGGCACAUGGGGCUGUCAGCGCACGCUUAUAGUGCACUCUAAAGCGCUAGGGGAAAACACAGAUGUUGUUGAGAGGCUGAAAGAGAAAUUGGGGUCGUUCGUUGUGGGUACCAAGUCUGGGGUGGGCGCUCAUUCCCCUUACGAAGAUGUACUGGAAAUUGCAAGGCUGCUACGUGAGAAAAAGGCGGACUGUUUGAUCAGCAUAGGAAGUAGCAGCUACUCGGAUGCAUGCAAGAUCGCGCGCUUGAUGCACGCGAAUCUCGCUCCAGACAAUCUGACGGUAGAAGCUAUGGAGGCCUUGGUAGACCAAACCAAGGGCAGCGCCGCCGGGCUAAAAGAUCCUACGAUCAAACUCAUUCUCAUCCCAACGAGUCUGUCAGCAAGCGAGUGGAACAGCAACUCGUCAGCAACGAACCCUCAAUCGAAGAAGAAGCAGCACUUUUCGAGCGAACACGCGGCGCCAAAUCUUAUCCUUCUCGAUCCUGAAGUCGCCUCCACAUCACCAAGGAAAUUAUGGCUGUCGAGCGGAAUGCGCGCUGUAGAUCACUGUGUUGAGACGAUGAUCAGCGACAAAUGCACAAAAGAGGUGUUCCGCCAUAUGGAAGACGCGCUUGCAGUACUACUCAGAGGCUUGACGGAUUACAUGAAUGGCGAGAGUGACAGCAAUCGAUCUGAAAUGCUCGAUGGUAUUGCCAACUGCCAGGUAGGAGCCAGAGACGCCAUGAUGGGCCUCAUCCUGUGGAACAUACCAAUGGGCCUUUCGCACGCCAUUGGGCAUCAGCUUGGUAGUACGUGCGGUGUUAUGCACGGCGUUACAUCCUGCAUCAUGCUCGCCCCAGUCCUACGCUACAAUGCGUCUAAAUCAGAGAAGCAAAGACAUUUACAGCAGAGCGUGCUGGAGAUCUGGAAUAAAGUCCUCGAAAGAGACGAGUCCAGCCUUGCGGAUGCGGUAGCCAAUUUUGUGAAAUCUCUAGGGCUGCCGAGUACAUUGAGGGAAGUAGGUAUCCAGGAACCAGCGGACAUUGAAAAAGUAGUUGAUAGCACCAUGACUGACGUUUUCGGAGCUAUGGAAGGUAUGGGUCAAAAGCAGGACGUGUUGGCUAUCCUAGAGUCGGCGAAGGGUAGAGAGACCGAAGAUGGGUGUCUAGAUGGCGACGCACCGAUGUAG